CUAGAACUCCAAUUACAGUCAUUACCAUUUUCCGGCCUACCGUAAAAUUUAUCGUAUAAAAAUCGAAUUCAGAUCUGAGCAAAUCAUCAGUUCAGGUUUUGACAUCAUUUCAACAUGAAGUCAAUAGUGAUUGUAGUUGUCAUCGCAGCUUUGCUACCAGGGUUGCAAUCGCGAUCCUUGGUACGACCAUCUCCCAUAAGACCAGGAGUCAAACCAGUACCAAUUCCAGGAGUCGAAAGCCCAGAAAUCGAAAUUAACCCCGUACCAAUUGUACCAGGUGUAAAACCAGUACCACUUCCUGAAGUCGAAACUCCAGAAAUUGAAGUUAAUCCGGUACCAAUUGUACCUGGAGUAAAACCAGUACCACUUCCUGAAGUUGAAACUCCAGAAAUCGAAGUAGAUCCUGUACCAAUUGUGCCCGGUGUUAAACCGGUACCACUUCCAAUUGUACCUGGAGUGAAACCUAUCCCAAUGCCGGUACCAGUUCCAAUCGUACCAGGAGUUAAACCCGUACCACUUCCAGAAGUCGAAUCUCCAGAGAUUGAAGUUAACCCAGUACCAAUUGUACCCGGAGUAAAACCAGUACCACUUCCUGAAGUUGAAACUCCAGAAAUCGAAGUUGACCCAAUUCCAAUUGUACCUGGUGUUAAACCCGUACCACUUCCAAUUGUACCUGGAGUGAAACCUGUCCCAAUUCCUGUACCAGUUCCAAUCGUACCAGGAGUUAAACCAGUACCUCUUCCAGAAGUCGAAUCUCCAGAGAUUGAGGUUAACCCAGUACCAAUUGUACCCGGAGUAAAACCAGUACCACUUCCUGAAGUUGAAACUCCAGAAAUCGAAGUUGACCCAAUUCCAAUUGUACCUGGUGUUAAACCCGUACCACUUCCAAUUGUACCUGGAGUGAAACCUGUCCCAAUUCCUGUACCAGUUCCAAUCGUACCAGGAGUUAAACCAGUACCUCUUCCAGAAGUCGAAUCUCCAGAGAUUGAGGUUAACCCAGUACCAAUUGUACCCGGAGUAAAACCAGUACCACUUCCUGAAGUUGAAACUCCAGAAAUUGAAGUUGAUCCUGUACCAAUUGUACCCGGAAUUAAACCUGUUCCAGUGCCAGUACCAGUUCCAAUCGUACCAGGAGUUAAACCAGUACCUCUUCCAGAAGUCGAAUCUCCAGAGAUUGAAGUUAACCCAGUACCAAUUGUACCUGGAGUAAAACCAGUACCACUUCCUGAAGUUGAAACUCCAGAAAUUGAAGUUGACCCAAUUCCAAUUGUACCCGGUGUUAAACCCGUACCACUUCCAAUUGUACCUGGAGUGAAACCUGUCCCAAUUCCUGUACCAGUUCCAAUCGUACCAGGAGUUAAACCAGUACCUCUUCCAGAAGUCGAAUCUCCAGAGAUUGAGGUUAACCCAGUACCAAUUGUACCCGGAGUAAAACCAGUACCACUUCCUGAAGUUGAAACUCCAGAAAUCGAAGUUGACCCAAUUCCAAUUGUACCUGGUGUUAAACCCGUACCACUUCCAAUUGUACCUGGAGUGAAACCUGUCCCAAUUCCUGUACCAGUUCCAAUCGUACCAGGAGUUAAACCAGUACCUCUUCCAGAAGUCGAAUCUCCAGAGAUUGAGGUUAACCCAGUACCAAUUGUACCCGGAGUAAAACCAGUACCACUUCCUGAAGUUGAAACUCCAGAAAUUGAAGUUGAUCCUGUACCAAUUGUACCCGGAAUUAAACCUGUUCCAGUGCCAGUACCAGUUCCAAUCGUACCAGGAGUUAAACCAGUACCUCUUCCAGAAGUCGAAUCUCCAGAGAUUGAAGUUAACCCAGUACCAAUUGUACCUGGAGUAAAACCAGUACCACUUCCUGAAGUUGAAACUCCAGAAAUUGAAGUUGACCCAAUUCCAAUUGUACCCGGUGUUAAACCCGUACCACUUCCAAUUGUACCUGGAGUGAAACCUGUCCCAAUUCCUGUACCAGUUCCAAUCGUACCAGGAGUUAAACCAGUACCCCUUCCAGAAGUCGAAUCUCCAGAGAUUGAGGUUAACCCAGUACCAAUUGUACCCGGAGUAAAACCAGUACCACUUCCUGAAGUUGAAACUCCAGAAAUCGAAGUUGACCCCGUUCCAAUUGUACCUGGCGUAAAACCAGUACCACUUCCAAUUGUACCCGGUGUAAAACCUCUUCCAACUCCUGUCAAACCAGGAGUAAAACCUCUUCCGUUGCCAGUUCAACCAGGAAUUAAACCAGUACCAAUUCCAAUUGAAGUUGAUCCAGUACCAAUUGUACCGGGAGUCAAACCCGUCCCACUUCCAGAAGUUGAAACUCCCGAAAUCGAAGUUAAUCCUGUACCAAUCGUCCCCGGAGUCAAACCUGUACCACUUCCUGAAGUUGAAACUCCAGAAAUGGAAAUCAAACCAGUACCAGUUGUGCCAGGAGUCAAACCUGUACCACUUCCAGAAAUCGAGACACCAGAAGCUGAAGUACCAGUUGUACCAGGAAUUAAACCAUUGCCCUCUAUUCCAGAAUGCGGCAAAUAUUUGUCGGAUUUGAUUGCGAGAUUGAUGGGGCAAUAAUUUUUUUUUAAUUAUUGAAAACUUAGAAAAAUUGUAAAGAUUAGAGAAAUAAAAUUAGGUCGAACAUAA